AUUCUAUUAAAAUAAUAAUCAUAUAAUAAUAAUAAUGAUAAUAAUAACAACAAUAAUAUAUAAGACUUUUAUUCUAGUAAAUUAAAGCUGCUGUUUGUGUUGAAAGUAAACAGUGGGAGAACUCUAUGGUCACCAUGGCAGCGCUAUUAAAGCAGCUGUGCUUCUGUAUCUGAUCAGACCAGUGCUUUACUGAACUGGAGAACCCACUGUGAUUUACUGCUCUCUAAACCCAGCUCUUCAACUCACCUCUACACCUUCACCAGCGGCUCUACUGUGAGUCGCUGGUGAUCCACACAACACCGUUCCAUUUUAACUGACCUUCAUCCAGAUACAGUUCCAUUUCAUCCAGAUCUACACCAACAGGUUUAUCCACUUUCUACACCACACACUUUCUACACCACACACUUUCUACACCACACACUUUCUACACUACACACAUUCUACACCACACACUUUCUACACCACACACUUUAUACAUCACACACUUUCUACACUACACACUUUCUACACCACACACUUUCUACACCACACACUUUCUACACCACACACUUUCUACACCACACACUCCAUUCACAUUCACUUUUACCACUUUCAUCAUCAACAUGGCCAGCUCAUCGGUUCAGCAUCUCAUCCAUGGAGAAGAGGAGAAGAAGACCCAGGGAAGGAAGAGGCCCAGGUCUCAGCAGACACAUGUUCCUGCAUCUCCUGAAGAACCGGCAGCGAAGAGGAGGAAGAUUUUCACUGUUGCUCUUACGCACAGGAUGUCCAUCAGGAAUGUCUUUUGUCCCAGGCUGCUGUCUUUGGUGGGAGAGUUUUUGUGUCGCCGCUGUCGACUCAUCAAGGGUCUUUCUCCAAAUGUUCCACCGCUCUGGGUACACAAAGUGGACAUGGCGCUGACCGUGGCCAGGGCUCAGCAGGAGUCCUUCAUCUGCUCAGGCGCCGUGGUCUUUCUGUACAUGUUGUGCCGCGACACUGUCUCAGCGGAGGUGGCCAGCGUUGAGGAACUGCGUGCGGUUUUGCUCACCUGCCUGUAUGUAUCAUGUUCAUACAUUGGCCCUGAGGUAGGCUACCCAGCAAGGCAUUUCAUCAGGGAGGUCAACAGGCAGGCAUUUUGGAAGCGCACCUUGAACAUCACCACGCGCAUGAGCCAGAAGAUGCUGCAGAUUAACAUCUCGCCAUCGGUCUUCACCCAGGUCAUUUCUGACCUGAAGAACAGGACGGACCAUUGAAGGAUCGGACUAAAAAAAAAACUAAUUCUAACUUUAAUAUUUAUAUUUUACUAUCAAGUCGCUUAUUAGAAAACACAUUUUACUAUUAAAUAAUUUCUGUUACUACUAGGAAUAAAGGCAACAAGCGUAACAUAGUAUUAGGCAAGAAAACUAAACAAAUAAAAACUAAAAUAAGAGCAAAACGAGUAGGUUACACCAUCAAAUACAAACAAAAUAGUGAGACCAACAAAAAAUUAUUAUAAGUAGAUCCAAAAUAAAACACUUUUUCAUGACGCUUGGACAGAACCGGACUAGACUUGGGAAACUACAAAGAAAUGGACAAACUGGACAGAUGGCAGGGCAGGAAACGUCCAAACACAUUCAGCGGUCCAGUGAAGUGUCCUUAUAGGGACAGUUCAUAAAGCUGCAGUGUCUGGCUUCACGUGUUUUGGAGGCAGCACAUGAUAGCCUUCACUGCUCCAGCUUGGGGGCAGCGUAUGUGGUGGAAGAGGAACUGCUGAUGCAGGAAAGCGGGCUUAUGGACUAGGAGGAAGACUGAUUGACACAGGGAGGCUCCAAGAUCAAAACAGGGACGGUAACAUAGAUAGAAACAUGGACAGUGACGAGAUAGACUGGAUACUAGAAGUGGACGUCACCUGAGGACAAGACACACAGACAGGAUAAACAAUGGCUAUAUAUAUAUAUAUAUAUAUAUAUAUAUAUAUAUAUAUAUAUAUAUAUAUUAUUUUAUUAUAUUUAGUUGUGCUAUCCCGUGUCGACCAGAGGAGGACUGGUUCCCCUUUUGAGUCUUGGUUCCUCUCGAGGUUUCUUCCUCCUGAUCUGAGGGAGUUUUCCUUGCUACUGUCGCCAUUGGCUUGCUCAAAAGGGGCUUGGACACGGAAUAAGCUAUUUAGGUUUAUUUAAAUUAAAAUUAAUAUUAGUCCUGAUCAGUAUGAAAAUGUCAGGGACAAUAAGAACUUUCAGUAAUCAAAAACAUUUGCUAGUAUAAUUUUAUGAUUUAUGUUAAAUUUUAAUUUUAUACUUCAAUACUGAAGUGCAGAGCACCUUUAUGACCAAUAUGGUUGCCAGUUUUAAUUGUCACUUUAAUGAACUCGAAUAAAUAAUCCUAAAUAAUAUUAUUUAGUUUUAUUUAGUUGAACAAAUGUUCAUGAAUAUUUAUAUACAUUAAUAAUAAUUGUUAUAUUAAAAUAACAUUUUCAUUAAAUACUCAAUAUUAAACAAUAUUACAUUUUAAAAGGUCUAGGCAAAACAACUAAGCUUAAAAGUAACUUAUUUUCUUAUAUCUAAUAAAAAAGCACUAUAUAUUUACUUAGUAGAAAAUUAAUGAACUGAAAGAUUACUAAAAGCAAAGAUUAUCAAAUAAAAACAUCUGUAAAAUAGAUGUAGAUAUGUGCUUAUUGUACAAUACAGAACUAGUUCUGUAUUGUACAAUACAGUAAAUACAAUACAGUAAAUACAAGUAAAUUUAUUAGGUUUAUUAGAGCACAGGUUAAACACAGGUUAAUGCAGAGAAAGGGGAGGAGCCUGAGCAGGUAAAUCUCACCACCCUUCUUCUUCAUGAGAUACUGAGGGUCACAGCUGUCUUAGAGUUUGAUCUAUCAUCAUCAGAUCCACAGUUCAGAAACAGCAAUACUACAGUCACCCACACCCAGAAGAAGUGCAGCAGAGUUCUUCUCAUGGCAGCUGAAGUGAAGAGCUGUAUCUCCUAAACCUUCCUGUGUUAUAGAGUAACAUUUAUCUAUCAAAUGUUUGACCUCUGUCAAAAAAACUUAAUAAAUUUUAACAUCAGUUAAACCUAAAACUGCUUGUGUGGCCUCUGUUUAUUUAUUAUAUAACUACAUUC